ACACACUGUACUGGACAUCCAAAGAGAAAACAGAGGAUCUCUGGGAACAUAGACCAAGCUACCAAACUUAAAGGACUUUAUCCUAACUGGGCUACAAUGGAGACAGAGAAGAAGACUCAGGCAACAGCAGAACUGACUGACAUGGAUUUGUCAGAGCAAAUCAAAAAGGUGACUAAAGACAGUCACGUAAGGGCAGAAAAAACAGAACUGAUGAUGAGCUUCCAGAGGGGACAAGUCACCCUGUCACAAUAUAAGCUCCUUCUGAGCUCACUAUAUGAAAUCUACCAGGCGUUGGAAGAGGAGAUGGACAGGAACUCAAACCAUCCUGGUGUUGCACCCAUCUACUUCCCAGCUGAACUGGCCAGGUUGGAAUCCAUUGAGAAAGACCUGGAGUUCUUCUACGGCCAGGACUGGAGAGAGAAGAUCGUUGUCCCUGCAGCCACCAAAAGAUACUCCCACAGACUCAGACAGAUUGGCAGAGAAAACCCUGAACUUUUGCUUGCUCAUGCUUACACCCGUUACCUAGGUGACCUGUCUGGAGGGCAGGUCCUGGGUCGAAUUGCCCAGAAGUCCAUCGGCCUGAAGAGCAAUGAGGGUCUGUCCUUUUUCGCCUUCCCUGGUGUCUCCAGCCCCAACCUGUUUAAACAGCUGUACCGCAGCCGGAUGAACAGUGUGGAGCUGACGGAGGAGCAGAGGAACGCCGUGCUGGAGGAGGCCGUCAGAUCCUUUGAGUUUAACAUCCAGGUCUUUGAUGAUUUACAGAAGAUGCUGAUUGUGACUGAAAAUCAGCUGCAGAGUUCUUUGACACACUCCAAAUCAGUAACGCUGCAGUUCCCUGGGGCCUCUACCAACAUGCCUUCACUGCUCAGGAUGGUCCUGGGACUCUUUGUGGCCCUGGCUACUGUUAGUAUGGGAAUCUAUGUUUUUUAAGAACACACAAGAGAAAUACUGUGCCUGUGGCUGUAAAUAUUUUAAGACCUCUGCUUUUGUAAUAUAAGAAUGUUAAACAUCCUUACCUAAUUAUAAUUAUGUAAGAUUUAACUGCCUAUAAAUGUUGAAAUACUGUGUAAUAGUUUUGUAAUUUAACUGAGAACCACAUUUGUAAUGUAUUCAGUCAGAACUUCAACUUACAUUCAAAUGCUCUCUGUAACACUGUUAUACAGUGUGCCAUAAACUGUGCAAUAUGAGUAUCUACAGUAUAAUGUAAAUA